AUGAUAUUUACUCUUGAAGAGAUGAAAACCACCUGCCACUGGGCAGGUUACUGGAAGCAACCAGAACAGCCUCAGACCAUCUUGUACAACAUCCUGAACUGUAACAAUGACAGACUGACCAACAACAAACACUUGAUCCGGUAUGAAAACAACAAGAUGAUGCCUCACAAAUGUCACCACGACCAGCGCCGGGUGGUGUAUCUGGAGAACCCUGAGGGAACACGCCGGGCGGUGUCCAAUGUUCUGGUCAAAACCAUUCACUUUAUGAAGAGUUUACCCUCUUUCAAUCAGCUUCCAGUAGAGGAUCAGCUGUCAUUGCUGAAGGACUGCUGGGCGCCUCUGUUCUCACUAGGCAUGGCCCAGGAACAGACGGUUUUCCAGGUGAAGGACGUACCGCAGGAUGGCAUGUUGAAGAGGAUCCUUCUUAACAAUCAGGAGACACAUGAUGGGAAUGGGUCACAGCCCACACUAGCUGAGGUGUAUAGACUCAGAACCUGUCUGACCAGACUGUGGGCCCUUGACCUCAGCCCAAAGGAGUAUGCAUAUCUAAAAGGUGCUGUGCUUUUCAACCCAGAUGUCCUAGGACUUAGCACCACUGAAAUUGUUGACAGUCUCCAACAAGAGGCCUAUACAGCUCUUCGGGAUGUUGUCUUGACACUUCACCCAGGAGAUCUGGAUCGAUUCAGCCGUAUCCUACUAAUGACCUCCGCCCUACAGACCAUCAGCAAAUCACUUAUCACAGAACUGUUCUUUAGGCCUGUUAUUGGUCAGGCAGACAUGUUUGACUUAUUAAGUGAGAUGCUGUGUAAUAGAAAGGAGUACAGCUGACAGUGUUUUUCUGGCUUUA